AUGAAUGGGCGUUUGGAUGCUUUUGCCUGUUUGUUUAAGGCUAUGGGUGUGCAGGACGUGACCAAGCAAUUUUUGGUGCGGCAGGCAAUGCGUGGUUUUCGGAAGGGUCGCGUGGCCCCGGACUCCAGGCGUCCGGUGUCUUUUGAGUUGCUGGUGGAGCUUAUGGGUGUGUUGGAGGGGGUGUGUGUUUCCCGGUACGAGGCUGUGCUGUUCAGGGUGGCGUUUGUGCUCGCCUUUUUUUGGGGCGUUGCGGGUAUCAGUCAGGGUGGGUUUCCCUGCAGUUUUCAUGAUCUGGUGCAAAAUCUAUAUUUCCCAAACUCAAGCGUUCGGCCUGUAAAAAACUGGCUUACUGUAACCAACGUAACUGUUGAUAUAACCCUAUACAGUGUUGUUCAAAUGGACACAGGUUUGCAGUCUUUAACUACAUUGAUCUGGGUAAACAUUGCAUGGUAUAAUGAAUAUAUCACAUGGGAUCCAGUCAUGAAUUGCUCAAUAAAAUAUAUAAUGAUUACAGGGGACAGCCUAUGGAAACCAGACUUGUAUGUUUAUGAAAUGAUAGAAAAUGAUAACAGCGCGUCUGUUAUUUCAUAUUUUAAUAUUACAUACAAAGGAAAAAUCAUCAAUGCAAAGCCUAUGCGGAUUGUCAGUACCUGUAACUUGAACAUUUACCGCUUUCCUUUCGACACACAGUUCUGUAAUCUCUCGUUUGGUCCAUAUAUCCAUUCAGUGAAAGAUAUUGUCAUGUUUCCAAGAUCUGAUUCAAGUACAGUACUCGGUAACACAAAUAAAGUUCUUGUCAGCAAAGGGGACUGGUUAUUAUUAAACAUCACAGUGAAUUCAAGUAUAGUAAUAAGUGAAGGCACUAAUUACAGCCAAGUCUAUUACACGAUCACAUUAAAGAGAGUACCUGUAGUUUAUAUCAUUACCCUCAUCCUGCCAGCAAUCUUCAUGGUUCUCUUGGAUAUUGUCAGUAUGUUUAUACAGAUGGAAUCUAGUGAAAGGCUUACCUUCAAAAUAACCAUUGUACUUGGAUUUUCUGUGCUCCUUUUGAUCCUAAACAACAUGCUGCCUACAUCUGAUACCCUUCCAGUAUUAGGUAUAUUCUGCCUUGUGUGUAUGGCGGUCAUGGUAUUUAGUCUAAUUGGAUGUGUCACUAUUUCCUACACGUUAAUGCUGUCUAAAUCUCAGAGCAAUGUCCCAUCUUGGGUAAAGACCUGGAUCUUGACAUACUUGGCAACCCUUCUCUGCUUUAAGUCCUUUAGCAAAUAUGGAAUAAACAUCAAUCAACCAGAAUCGGAUUCAGAAACCUAUUCUAAUAACAGAGUAAUAAAGACAAAUUCUGAGAGGAGAAACAAGAAACAAAGAUCUAAUGAAGAGAGUCUUGAAGUGAAGCUCCUUAAGAAGCUGUUGAAAGAAAUCCUAAAGAUCCAUGCAGAAUUUGUGGAAUCUAGGAACAAGCAGGAGUUCAAGUCAGAAUGGCAUGCUGUAGCCCUUGUCAUUGACCGCUUUGUACUUAUCUCCUACCUAAUUAUUGUAACAGUUCUGUUUGCCACUGUAAUCAUUAUUUGGGCAUCAUAA